AUGACAAUGGUGGCGAUUAAUCAUAUUAUUUCUGUGGCUGAAGUGGGUUUUUUAGGGGAGGCUGGCUGGCAAUGGGAUUUAAAUUUGCUUCUGCAUGCGGACAGCAACUGCACUGUUUCUCUUGUGCAGGAACUGCUUCAAUGGCUGCAUCAGUAUGCUUCUCGGGGAACAGCCGCGGAUUCCUUCUCCUGGGCAGAUUCUCCGGCGGGGCUGUUCAGCAUUAAGUCUUGCUACGACCGCUUCAAGACUUAUUUAUCGGGGCCUCCCUUGCAACCGAGUUUGCUUAAGGCCGUGAACCAUUUGUGGAAGAUUAGAAUUCCUUCAAAAAUUCUCUUCUUUGGUUGGAAAUUCUUGCAUAAUAGAAUUGUAACUAAAGACCAAUUGUUCAAGAGGGGUGUUUUGGUGGAUACCAUGGAUUUACCGUGUGUUUUGUGUAUGAAGGAGGAGGAAUCGUUAGCGCACUUAUUCGGUAAUUGUGAAAUAGCUAAAAGUAUUUGGAAUAAGGUGUUCGGUUGGUUAGGGACUGAUUUUGAGCUGUCAUAUGACCAAUUUGUUUCGAUGAAGAAAUUUUUUCCGGUACUCUCUAGAGACAAAGCUACUUCUUCGGCUAAUGUAGAAGCAUCAGAAACUCAAUAUCCAAGUGAGAGUAUCAAAGUUGUUGAUUAUGAAUUGUUGGAAACGGAUCCGGGAAUUAGGCCUACAAUUUCAAGUUAUCAUCUUGACAUCCAAAAUGAGGUAAGAAAAGCUUAUUUAAAAAUAGGUCUUCAUCAACCUCCUCACAAUUUCAAUUGGUUUGAUUGGAUUGAUUAUAGUGAAUCUAAGGACCUAGUGUUUUGUUUGCCAUGUUUUUUUGUUUAAAAAUGUCUCUAAAUAUAGGGGGAUCACUUUGUGGGAGACAAUUUUGGUGAUUGGAAGAAAGCUCAAAGGUUGGCUAAUCAAGCUACUUCUUCCAAUAGUCAUGUUGAUUGUAUGCAUAUGGGUUAUGCUCUCAUGAACCCAAACCAAAGUAUUAAGGCCUCGUUUGUUAAUCAAACUAAGGAAAUGAAUGUCAAAUAUCGUGUUCGUGUAAACACAUCCCUUAUAUCUACUAAGUUUCUUUUGAGGUGUGGCAUGCCAUUUAAAGGGAGUGACGAGUCUCUUAACUCUUUAUUUAUGGGGACAUUUCUUGAGUUGGUGGACACUUUAAAAAAUAUGCUUCAAUCAUUUAAAAAAUAUGGUAAAACUAUAAUUUUGUUAGAUGUGCUUCAAUCAUUUGAUUUUAUCUUCAUGUUAUAUAUGAUGGUUGAGAUUUUAGGGUUUACAAAUGAUUUGAGUGUAUCGUUACAAAAGUGUGAUCAAGAUCUUUUGAAUGUUUUGUCACUUGUCAAUGCUACCAAACAAGAAUUACAAGAAAUGAGGAAUGAUGGAUGGGAAGAGCUUAUAUCUAAGGCUGUCGAAAUUUGCAAUAAGCUUGACAUUGAUGUGCCUGACAUGGAUGCAUCAUAUGUGCAAGGGAAGAAACCUAGGCGACAUGCUACAACUUCUAGUGUUUCUAAUUUGCAUCAUUAUAAGCACGAUUGUUUGUUUAAUGUUUUAGAUUUGCAGUUGCACGAGCUCAAUGCUAGGUUUGAUGAAGAGAAUACUGAACUUUUAGAAUGUGUUUCAUGUUUGAGUCCUUUAUCGUCAUUUGCAGCUUUUGAUGUGAAAAAGUUAGUAAGGAUGGUUGAACUUUAUUCAAAUGAUUUUGUAGAUGUUCCGAAAGUGGUGAUGCGGCAUCAACUUCAAGAUUAUGUUAGAAAUGUUCGAUGUGGCCUAAAAUUUGCAAAGUUAAAAGGACUUUCAGAUCUUUGUGCAAAACUUGUGGAAACAAAUAAGUGCAACACAUUUGAUAUGGUUUAUAAGCUUCUUAAAUUGACUUUAGUCUUGCCGAUAGCAACUGCAAGUGUGGAACGUAUUUUUUCAACUAUGAAGUUUGUGAGGAGUCAAUUAUGUAACAAAAUGAGUGAUCAGUGGUUAAAUGACCGUCUUGUAACUUGUAUAGAAAGAGUUGUUAUUGGAACCAUUAACAAUGAUGUUAUUUUAGCUCACUUUCAAGAAAUGAGUGAUAGACGAUUUUCAUUGUAA